AUGCGCUCCCACCUCGACCCCAGCGAACUCGGUACCAAGCAAUACUGGGAUCAAGCCUACGCACGUGAAAUCGCAAACCACGCUCAGGACGCUCAAGACGAGGGCACAAUCUGGUUCGACGACAGCGGCGCUGAGGAAAAGGUUGUCGAGCGUCUCGAAGCUCUGCAAGAUGAGGGCCUGCUUAGCAAGGACGAUUCGCGCAUCCUCGACUUGGGCACUGGCAAUGGACACAUGCUCUUCUCUUUGCUGGACGAGGACUGGGCUGGAGAGCUGGUUGGGGUCGACUACAGUGAUACUAGUGUGAAGCUUGCCCGCCAGAUCGCUGCUGCACGCAGCGAAGGAGGGGCUCCUGUGAAGUUCGAGGAAUGGGACCUCUUGACCCAGCAGCCCGGAGAGUGGCUGGGCCAAGGCUUCGAUGCUGUUCUGGACAAGGGCACCUUCGACGCCAUCUCCUUGUCUUCCGAGACAGAUGCUCAGGGUCGCCGUAUCUGCGAGUCGUACCGCGAACACAUCACUCCCCUCGUCAAGCCUGGUCAAUUCUUCAUCAUCACCUCAUGCAAUUGGACCAAGGAAGAAGUCAUGAACUGGUUUGUCGCUGCUGAUGGCGAGCUGCAAUUCUUCGACGAGGCCAAGUAUCCCACCUUCACUUUCGGCGGUCAACAAGGCCAGAGUGUCUGUACUCUAAUCUUCCAACGACGUCUCAAAUGA